AUGGAUUCACAACUCACAUAUAUUGGAUGGAACUCUUUUAGUUAUACUUUAAUCAAUACUUUGUUCCUUCCGAAAAAAUUGAAAACAUUAUAUCAAGGCUGCAUCGAAUAUACUGAAAUAGAAUCAUUUACAAUUCAUCCCGAAAACACAGAACUUAGGAUAGAAAACAGUAUAGUUAUCUCAAAAGAUAAUAUAACUAUUUUAUAUCCUACAAAGCUAACAGGAAAUGUGAAUAUUCCAUAUGGAACUUUAAGAAUUGGUAGUUCUUCUUUCAGUAUGUGCAAAAUUACUUCUAUCAAUAUCCCUAACACUGUUAGAACUAUAGGAACAUAUGUUUUCUAUCGUACUCCUAUAUCCGAAGUAGUUAUUCCUGAUUCUGUAACUGAUAUUGGUUCAUACGCAUUUUGCACAAACUAUUUAAAGAAAGUUACAUUAUCAAAGAAUAUAACAAUCCUGCACGAGGCAUGCUUUAGUGGUGCCCAAAUCACGGAAAUAGAAAUCCCACCAAAUGUAGAGCAAAUUGAUAAUUGGUGUUUUACUGGGUACAAGUUAACUGUUGUUUACCUGCCUGAUACUGUUAAGUUGCUUAAUGGGAAAGUUUUUGAUGAUAAUGUCGAAAUAAAAUUUGGAAAUAAUUCAAACUUGUAUAUUAACCAAGAUUUCCUCAUUCUUAAUAAGCAGAAUACAACGGUGAUUCAGUAUCUUGGACCUAAUAAAAAUUCUAAAAUACCAAUUCCAUCAACAGUUACGACAAUCGGAAAAAACGCCUUUCGAAAUAAAACUAACUUAGCUGAGAUAACAUUUCAACCAGAUUCCCAACUCGAAGUAAUUGGUGAGUCUGCAUUCUACAAUUGUAUAUCUAUGGUAUUUACAGGUUUACCACAAACAGUAAAAACAAUUAAUAAAUAUGCCUUUUAUCAAUGUAAUAAGCUGCAAUCAAUCAGAUUCCCUAGUGUUACCUCAAUAGGUAAAAAUGCUUUCCACUAUUGCAUAGGACUUACCUCCGCAGAUAUUCAACUUUCCAGUGUUGACACUCUUGAUGAUUAUACAUUUAUUGGAUGUAAAUUAUUACCAUCCAUUAACUUACCCAGAAACCUCAAAAAUCUUGGCAUUGGUGUUUUCCAUAGCUGUACGAAUCUCAACAAAGUACUUUUUCCAUCAACAUUAAUUUUCAUCAAGGAAUCAUGCUUUCAGAAUUGUGCACUUAAUAAUGUUGAUUUAUCUCAAUGCGUAAAUCUGCACGAAAUUCCAGACAGAUGUUUCUAUAAUAACGCUAAUCUCCAGAGUAUCACAUUUCCUCCAUCGAUAAACACAUUUGGUAUUUCAUCACUAUCAAUGACAGGAAUUACAUCAUUCAACGUUACAUCAACAGUUAACACAAUUUCUACAAAAACUUUUGAUGGAUGUCAAUCACUUACUGAGUUUAUCAUCAACCAAGAUUCUGUUCUUACUCCAUCCGGACUUGGUGUUGAUGUUUUCAGAAACUGUCCUAAGUUACGAAACAUCGUAUGUCUCAGUCAAAACUUCCAUGUAAUAACCAGCGCAUUGUUCACCCCUGAUGACACAAUCCUUAUUAUUUUCCCUCCAGCGUCGCAUGUUUCUUCUUUUGGUCUUCCAGGAACAGUGAGAACAAUCGGUGAAGGAGCAUUCUCUUUCUGCUAUAAUCUUCAAUCUAUUUUCAUUCCUUCUGAUAGCCUUACAAGUAUUUCUGCUCGCGCAUUUGAGGGAUGUACAUCACACUCAUGGAUUAAUAUUCCUAUAUGCGUACGAAAUAUUGGUAAUAAUGCAUUCAAAGAUUGUUCUAGCCUUCAAUGUGGAGUCAAAAUUGAAAACAGUACUAAAGCAUUUAUCAAUCAGAUAGUUCCAAGCAGCGGACUCAUCAAACAAGCAUUUACCUCUUGUCGUGUCCAGUCCUGCGCUCGUGGCCUGCCAAAGACUUUACUCUCAUAUUCAUCAUUUGUUGUUAUAAUAAUUAUCUAA